AGGGAACUACAAGGCAUGCCGGAUAUCUAUGAGGUUAAAGAAAAGCACCCAGUACCUGAACUACCUGAACUAAAGUUCUUCUGCUGGUGGAUUGGUUCUACAAUGGGAAGAAUCAAAGAUAAACCCAUUAUAAGCACGACUUUACAGCAAGCUCAAGAACAUGCCCCCAGGUCCUAUUUCAAGACAGGAAUUGAGAUUCCCAAACGGGACACAAAAAAUUCCUACUAUGUAUGUCCUUUGCAGCCGGUGUAUCCUUCCACACUCGAAAUAUGUGGUUAUAAAUAG